UUAAGAUGACAAGUGAACAACGUAUCCUCCCCUUCUGUUCUGGUCUUUCCUUUCAUUCAUUCUCGAUCAUUCUUUCGGAUAAGAAAAUCUCAGAUCUUGCUGCCUCCAUCUGCUUAUCAGCUGGAAGCAAAGCACCGUAAAGAGGAGGGUUAUUAUAAGACUAGAAGUUGUGAGAGAAAGCUGAACAAGGUGGCUGAUCGAAGGCAUGGAAAGAGACCUCUACCUUCUGAUCAUCAUGAUGCAUCAGAAGCCAGGAGAGAAGGUUUCAUGUCUCGAGCUCACCCAUCACCAUCAGAUCAGAUCCAAAGGGAAGAAACUUCACCUUCUACCUUUUCGUAUCUUCUCAGCACGGCCAGUGAUACAAAAACCUUCUCAGUCCCAGUCUCACAUGGUCAAGUAACCACCUCUUCUGGGGGGAUCCAGAAGCAGGACCCAUCCCGGCCUCCACGUCAAAAUCAAGGCGACAGUGUGAGAAAGAGAAACUAUAGAGGAGUAAGGCAGAGACCAUGGGGGAAGUGGGCCGCCGAAAUCCGAGACCCUAAAAAAGCAGCUAGAGUGUGGCUUGGCACCUUCGAGACGGCCGAGGAUGCAGCCGCUGCUUAUGAUGCUGCAGCGUUAAGGUUCAAAGGAAGCAAAGCUAAGCUCAAUUUCCCCGAACGCGUUUCUUUAGCUCCUUCUCCAACCAUUUCAUAUUCGUCACAAAGCCUGCCGAGGCCUGAAGCGGCGCAGACGGUGUCUCAACCGCCUCUGGCUCCACCAACGGUCGACGAAGGGUUCCCGAAUCUAUUGCAGUACGCGCAGCUGCUUCGUGGUGGCCAUCAUGGUGACCUGCAAAGAGCUGCUUGGUCGGGACUUUAUACGUAUCAGAAUGAGCCGGUAUUUCUGGGCGAUUCUUCUCUUCCGUUAUUCUCGUCAUCACCGGGAGUACUGUCUUCUUCGUCUGCUUCCAUGUCUGAGUCUGAUCAACAGCAGGUUCAAGAUGCAAAGGGUGCGAAGAUGGGAGAUUAUGGUACUUCUGGUUCUUGUUUUUUUGAUGAAAGAAACACAAGUGGAUAGUUUAACGAAAUUUCCAUAGAUACAUUUCAUGAAAGAUACACGAGUGCAUGCAGGGGAGGAGCGGGUAAGUAAUAAGAAAGUCCGUUCAUAUGCCUUGAUUUUUCAGCUUGAUUAGCGCCUCUGAUUCUGAGACAAUUAUACGAAUGAUACGUUCCUUUUUUCGCUGAUACGCGCAUAUAUUUUCUAUUAUUUUA